AAUUUUUUUUUUUCUUUCCUUUUUGGAGCCUUUUCACUUUUUGCGCUGCACCUCUUCCGGCGCUGCUUCUCUUCCAUUGAAACAUACUCUGAAUUCUCCAUUGAAGCAGCUUCUGAGCUAUAUCUCCUCCAUAAAAGCAGAUUUUUAAACUAUUUCAGAUUUCUGUGAUAGCUAAUUGACUGCUCCUUUCUUUUGGGAUUGCAGGACGCUGUUGACUGUGAAGCUAAAAUGGCGACUGUCCCAGUUAACCCAAAACCUUUCUUGAACAAUCUGACUGGAAAGCCAGUCAUUGUGAAGCUGAAGUGGGGAAUGGAGUACAAAGGCUAUCUUGUGUCAGUUGAUGGGUACAUGAACCUACAGCUGGCGAACACAGAAGAGUAUAUUGAAGGCCAGAAGACCGGAGAUCUUGGAGAGAUUCUUAUCAGAUGCAAUAACGUACUGUAUCUCCGUGGAGUUCCUGAGGACGAGGAGAUAGAGGAUGCUGACAGAGAUUGAAGAAGAAUAACCUUUUUGCUCACGAUGCAGCUGAUACAAUGUUAUGCAAAAACUCAGUGAAGAUUGAGUAAUAUUAAAGCUCAUGUGAGAUGGUUAUUGUUAGGCGUAACUGUUGAAUUUUCUGGUGUGAUGCAAUUGAUGUAAAAGAUUAACUUUUUAUGAAAUUAGAAAUUUCUUAUUUUGAUCA